AAUACUAAGUACUAAGAUAUUUAUUUAGAAAACGCAACAUCUUUUAAAUUUUUAAAAAUCUAUAGACGACAUAAGAAUCUUUGGGUCAAGUAGUCUCUCUACAUUUGCCCAUUCGAAAUUCAAAACUAAUAAAAAAAAUUCAACCUGUUUAUCCAUAGAACAAAGCCAAAUUCAUCAAGCAAACAUCACAUAUUCUGCUCAACGAAUACAGCGGAGACAUUCCGGGCACGAUCGAAGGUUUACUUAAGCUCCCUGGAGUCGGUAGCAAGAUGGCUCAUCUGUGUAUGCGCUCGGCAUGGGACAUAGUUACCGGAAUCGGUGUCGAUACCCACGUUCACCGGAUAUCGAACUGGCUGCUGUGGGUUCCCCGUGAAACUAAAACUCCGGAAGAAACUCGGGUCGCUCUGGAAAAGUGGCUACCAUUUGAGCUGUGGGAAGAAGUUAAUCAACUGUUGGUUGGUUUUGGCCAGACCACUUGCACUGCCACCUAUCCACGCUGUAACGAGUGUUCAAAUGCGGAUAUAUGCCCGGCCAAGGGCAAGCACGGCAUACGCAAAACGCCGGUUAAAAAAGAAAUCAAGAAGGAGGAGUUAGAUUUCUAAAUAGAUUACACCGCAUUUUUCUUGACUUGUUUUUGAAAUUUCAGUUGAAUGUUUACGUUGCAGUUUAAAAUAAUUUUUUUUCAUUGAUUUCCAAGAAUACAAAUUUACGAUCAUUCCUUAUUAUUAAAAAUGUUAUUCUUAAAACGGGUUUUUGAACUUGCGCUAUAACAUAUCGGUAUCGAAUUUUGAAAACGGCGAAUGCGCCAACAUCUCUGUUUCUAGAGAAACCUUUCCAAAUAAUUCCAAAAAUAUUAUGUAGUCUAAAUAUCAUACAGAAAACUUUGUCCAAUCAAAAUGGAGGUCUAAGAAUUUACUUUAUAACCCAGCUGAUAAUUUCAUUUAUUUGCGUUUCGCGCAUUCGCCUUUUUCAAAAUUCAUUACAGAUAUCUUCCAAAAUUGUCGAAACGGUAUACUUAUGUUUUUUUUAUUCUAAUAAAAGCUUGAAUGAAUUUAGGUUCGAAACGUUCCUGCAUAUGUUCCUCAAAUGCCAUUAUAAGACUUUGGUAAAGUGUCCGAAAUAAAACACAAAAAAACGUUCAUUUAAAAAGUUGUGAAUAUUUCGAACAUGAAGUUCAUGUCUCGAUUAAAAAUGUAUGAUUUGAAAGUAUUUUUUCAUAUAAUAAUAAUAUAGGACAUAACAUACAUAGGACACUUUAUCAUAAAAAGGUAAUAAAUAUAUACUGGUAAAUAUAUGCAAAUGCUGUCGAACUUCUU